AGACGUUCCGGCUCAAGACGUCUUGCAACACAGUAUGCACCUGUUUUGUGCUUCUAGCUUGGCCGUGCAGCUCGUCUAGCGACAUUGGCCAAUAGCAGUGUUGCAGAUCGUAUUGCUGCAGACCGUGUAUGAUCGUGUUGCUGCAGAGCGCCUUCGCCAUCCUGGUUUCGGUGGGGCGGGCGGCGUCCAAGACCGACACGCUCCUCGCGGGCGCCCCCCAGGCGAGGAGCAUGCUGGGUGCGAGCCUGUCUUUCCCUGGCGUCACGUGGGCCACGAGCACCCUGGCAGAGGGAACGACAUGCUGGACAGACCGGUCGGAUUAUCAUUACUACUGGGUCAACACGAGCGGCAUCCCGUCCGGAAUUCCCUUCUGGAUGGGACCCCACAAGGAAUAUGCGUCGGGCAGUUUUACGAUCUCCGCCUCUCAGUCUGGCACGCUGUACUUCUGGAGCGAGGACGCUGAGGCCAACGGGCGCGACGGCGGAUUCCAGUCGACAUAUUCGGAUUACGCGUUAGGCAGUAUGACAUGGAAUGGUGACGGGAAUGGUAACGCCAUAAGGACAUACUCGAUGUCAGUGACCGGUGGGACGACCGUGUCCAUCCACAAGGCAACGACCGAGUUUGUCGGCGGGUUUGCGUGGGAGUCGGGUAGUACGGCGACCAAGACCAGCACAUCGACCGAGGCGAGCACAACAACUUUGCACAGCACUACCGAGACCAGCGCAACUCGACACAGCACCACCGCCACGUCUUCACCAACGAGUGCCACGGAAAGUCUUUCUACGUGGGAAAGCACGACGUUCAGCAGCACAACGGACAGCAGUGCAUCGGGCAGCAGCAGCACAACGUCUUCUCCGCACAGUUUUACCCUUGCGAGCUGGAGCAGCACCACGGAGACAAGCACUACGACAUUGACAAGCACAACGCAGACAAGCACGACAACAAUCACAUCGGCAAACUUUACGACGGCCAACGACACCAGCGCAUUUUUACACAGCACCACCGCCACGUCUUCACCAACGAGUACCACGGACAGUGCUUCUACGUGGAGAAGCACGACGUUCAGCAGCACAGCGGAUAGCAGUGUAUCGGGCAGCAGCAGCAGCACAACGUCCUCUCCGCACAGUUUUACCCUUACGAGCUUGAGCAGCACCACGGAGACAAGCACUACGACAUUGACAAGCACAACGCAGACAAGCACGACAGCAAUCAUAUCGACAAACUUUACGACGGAGUACAGUUGGGCGGCUAUUGUUGGAGAUUGCACGUUGGACGGCGACUGCAUGCAGAGCCCGAACUACCCACAGAAGUAUGAUGCAAACCAGGCGUGCACCUUGCAUAUCGAUCUGCGGACGGCCGUACCCAUCGCGGUGGAGAGUUUCACCACUGAGAGUGGUUAUGACAAGCUUACCGUCAACGGAGUGGUCUAUUCUGGGUUUUCUGGCCCCAGUGGCAUAACGCCCUCGGCGAGUAUUUCUUGGACCUCCGACCACAGUCUGCAUCAAACCGGGUGGAGGCUUUGCAUGCCGGGGGCCAGCUCCGAGUGGUUCCCGCCAACACCUGUUCCGCUGGCCCUGCGACCGCCGCCGCCA